AUGGAUUCGCCAGAUCUACUCCCAGAUUAUAGUCCUGAUCCAGAUGCAAAUUCUGAGAAUCAAGUACAAAUAACUCAAAAUGAAAACUUUGAAGAGCUACAGAAACAAGUGAUUGCAAACUUUCAAAAGCCAAACGUCCCUAAUGUUAAUGUUCCAGAGAAGAUUAUUAUUUGUUUGGAUAUAUGUUAUGACAAUCAAGACUCACUGUUCCGUUUAAGUGAUGGGUCAACAUUCACCCCCAUAAAUAUGAUGAAGAGGGUUCUAGAAUUUUUUGUUUACUCAAAGAAUGCUAUCAAUAAAAAGACAGAGUUUGCAUUAGUUGUUCUUAAAGAGUCAGAGCCAUGCUGGCUGCAGAACUUUACUAACAAUAUGAAAGACAUCAUAAAUGAAAUUGACUACAUAAAUCCUGAAGAGUGUCAUUCUGAAACUUUUGAUUUUAGUAAUCUGUUCCAAUUGUUAAAACAAAAAGUUGAAAUACCUGAAUAUAAAGAUGGAGAGUGCCUAAUGCCCCCUCCUCAUGUGAUGCGCAUGAUUGUAUUAUAUGGACGAUCAAAUUGUUUUCCAAUAAUAUCACAAGAUGACCCUUUUUUCAACUUCUUGAAGCAACAUCUAUACUUCUACAUUGACAUAUUGUUGGCACAUGAAGAGGAUUGUUCUCAGUAUAAGUGUGUUGAGAUAUAUGAUGCUCUUCAAGAUUUGGAUAAUGGAUACUCUUAUGUAUAUGAAGUCUUAAGAAAUGCAGCAAAAAUUCAUGACUGCAUUGCGAAACUACUUGCACAUCCUCUACAGAGGCCUUUGCAGAAAAAUACUGAUUAUUCUUUUGGUUCUAGAUAUUAA